UUUAUUUUUAUUUUUUUUUUUUUUGCAAUUGUUUUAUUAUUUUUUACCUUUUUAAACUUGAAAAAUGAAUUUACCUCAGAAUAUGAGUUUCUUUUCUGAUCAAAAUAAGAAUGCUGAAAAAUUUGUAACCGGAAGUAGUUAUGCUGGUGAAUAUAAGAGUAGACUUAUGCAUGGUUUUGGCCGUUAUACAUAUCCAGAUGGUACCACAUAUACAGGUUUUUUUGAUGAAGGAAAAUUAAAUGGAUUUGGAUGUCUUCAACUACCAGCGCCAUACAAAUUAGAUUUUAAAGUUCAUUAUUCGAAAGGUCGAUUGCAAAAAGUUGAAGAAUUAUUGUUCGACGAUGGUCUUGAGUUUGUUGGUGAAUUUAAGGAAAAUAAAAUUAAAGUUGAUAAAUGGAAAUAUUUAACUGAGGGCAAUAGAUGUUUUGCUAAUGAAGUGAUAGAUCGGAAUGAUAUUAUACGUUCCUCUGACGAUUUUUUUAAAAGAUACACUAAUCGCGAGAUUUUCAUGCAUGAAUAUUUUGAUAUAGGGGAAGGUAUGUAUUUUCCUGAUACAGGUUUUGUACGUGAUAGGCGGGAUCCGCUACCAGGAUCGCGUUAUAUUAGUUGCAAAGAAGAGCAGGAUUUUAUAAAGAAAAGUUGCUAUAAAAUAUCAGGAGACUUAUCGAUUCCCAAUAAGGAUAUUUGCUCUCAAAUACUUGAAUUAAACAGGAGAGAACUGAAUAAAUCUGAUAAACACUCAUAUGCCUGCGACACAUAUUUAGAGAAAGCAAAGAAAGAUGAUCAAGAAUCAUCAAAAGUUGGAGAAAAUGUUAUUGACUCGAUUACAAGCUUAACUGAUUUAUCUAGUUUUUCUUUUGCAACGGCUGCUAAAAUUAAACCGCAUUUGAAGAAAUCAAAAAUGAAGAAAACGAGAAAAAUAAAUUUCAUCAAUGCAAACAGUAGUUAUACCAAUGAUUAUUCAAAUUAAUCAAAACCAUUUUGAAGUAAAUUCAAUGUGAAACUUGAAAUAAAACGCAGUAUGAGUCAGUUUUUUUUUAUAUAAACUGUGUGUCUUUAUU